GAGCCACCGUCCGCCCAGCUCCGCCGCUCACGGCCAGGCGAAGCGGAGCCGGCCGUGCUGUGUGUGUGUAUGUGUUCGCGGGGCGCCGUCUCAGCCCCGGGAAGAUGGUGGCGGUGGCGGCGGCGACUGAGGCGAGACUGAGGAGGAGGACGGUGGUGACGACAGCGCCCGCGGGCAGGAACGGCAGGCGGCGCCGGGACUGGGACGUGACCGGGGCUGGGAGGCCAGGUCUGGGGGCCGGGCUGCGCCUCCCGCGGCUACUGUCGCCACCUCUGCCGCCGCGUCUGCUGCUGCUGCUGCUGCUCCCGCCGCUGCUGCUGCUGCUGCCCUGGGCGGCCGAGGCCGCGGCGGCAGCGGCGAUUGUGUCGGGCACAGCGGCAGCCGAGGCCAGGGAAUGCGACCGGCCUUGUGUCAACGGCGGUCGCUGCAACCCUGGUACCGGCCAGUGCGUCUGCCCCGCCGGCUGGGUGGGCGAGCAAUGCCAGCACUGCGGGGGCCGCUUCAGACUAACUGGAUCUUCAGGGUUUAUAACAGAUGGACCUGGAAAUUAUAAAUAUAAAACGAAGUGCACAUGGCUGAUUGAAGGACAGCCAAACAGAAUAAUGAGACUUCGUUUCAAACAUUUUGCUACAGAGUGUAGUUGGGACCAUUUAUACGUUUAUGAUGGGGACUCCAUUUAUGCACCAUUAGUUGCUGCCUUUAGCGGCCUCAUCGUUCCUGAGAGAGAUGGCAAUGAGACUGUCCCCGAGGUUGUUGCCACAUCAGGUUAUGCCCUCCUGCAUUUUUUUAGUGAUGCUGCUUAUAACUUGACUGGAUUUAAUAUCACUUACAAUUUUGACAUGUGUCCAAAUAAUUGCUCAGGCCGAGGAGAAUGUAAGGUCAAUAACACCAGCAACACAGCUCAGUGUGAAUGUUCUGAAAACUGGAAAGGUGAAGCGUGUGAUAUCCCUCACUGUGCGCAUACCUGUGGAUUUCCGCAUCGAGGCAUCUGCAACUCAAGUGACGUCACAGGAUGCUCAUGCUUCUCAGGGUGGCAGGGUCCUGGAUGUUCAAUUCCUGUACCAGCUAACCAGUCAUUUUGGACUCAAGAGGAAUAUUCUAACCUAAAGCUCCCCAGAGCAUCUCACAAAGCUGUGGUCAAUGGAAAUAUAAUGUGGGUUGUUGGUGGAUAUAUGUUCAACCACUCAGAUUACACCAUGGUUCUAGCAUAUGACCUUGCUUCUAGGGAGUGGCUUACACUGAACCAGUCUGUGAACAAUGUUGUUGUUAGAUACGGUCAUUCUUUGGCAUUAUACGAGGAUAAAAUUUACAUGUACGGAGGAAAAAUUGAUUCAACAGGGAAUGUGACCAGUGAGUUGAGAGUAUUUCAUAUUCAUAAUGAAUCAUGGGUAUUGUUGACCCCUAAAGCAAAGGAACAGUAUGCGGUGGUUGGACACUCGGCACACAUUGUUACACUGACAACUGGCCGAGUGGUCAUGCUGGUCAUCUUUGGUCACUGCCCUCUCUAUGGAUAUAUAAGCAAUGUACAGGAAUAUGACUUGGAUAAGAACACAUGGAGUAUAUUACACACCCAGGGUGCCCUUGUGCAAGGGGGCUACGGCCACAGCAGUGUUUACGACAACAGGACCAAGGCCCUGUACGUCCAUGGAGGCUACAAGGCUUUCAGCGCCAAUAAAUACCGGCUUGCAGAUGAUCUCUACAGAUAUGACGUGGACACCCAGAUGUGGACCAUUCUUAAGGACAGCCGAUUUUUCCGUUACUUGCACACAGCUGUGAUAGUGAGUGGAACCAUGCUGGUGUUUGGAGGAAACACACAUAAUGACACAUCCAUGAGCCACGGCGCCAAAUGUUUCUCUUCAGAUUUUAUGGCUUACGACAUUGCUUGUGACCGCUGGUCAGUGCUUCCCAGACCUGAUCUCCACCAUGAUGUCAACAGAUUCGGCCAUUCAGCAGUCUUACACAACGGCACCAUGUAUGUAUUUGGUGGUUUCAACAGUCUCCUCCUCAGUGACAUCCUGGCAUUCACCUCAGAAAGGUGUGAAGUACACCGAAGUGAAGCUGCUUGUUCAGCAGCAGGACCUGGCAUCCGGUGUGUGUGGGACAUGGGGUCAUCUGAGUGCAUCUCCUGGGAGUUGGCAACCGGAGCACAAGAAGAAAAGUUAAAAUCAGAAUGUUUUUCCAAAAGCACUUUUGACCAUGACAGAUGUGACCAGCACACAGAUUGUUACAGCUGCACAGCCAACACCAAUGGCUGCCACUGGUGCAGCGACCACUGCAUCCCUACGAACCACAGCUGCACGGAGGGCCAGAUCUCCAUUUCCAUAUAUGAGAAUUGCCCUAAGGAUAACCCCAUGUACUACUGUAACAAGAAGACCAGCUGCAGGAGCUGUGCCCUGGAUCAGAACUGCCAGUGGGAGCCCCGGAACCAGGAGUGCAUCGCCCUGCCCGGUAGGCCCCCACAGAGGCAGCUUGAAAAUAUCUGUGGCUCUGGCUGGCAUUUGGUUGGAAACGCAUGUUUGAAAAUUACUGCCGCCAAGGAGAAUUAUGACAACGCGAAACUGUCCUGUAGGAACCAUAACGCCUUUCUGGCUUCUCUUACGACGCAGAAGAAGGUAGAAUUUGUCCUUAAGCAGCUGCGAGUAAUGCAGUCAUCACAGAGCACGUCCAAGCUCACCUUGACUCCAUGGGUUGGCCUACGAAAGAUCAACGUAUCCUACUGGUGCUGGGAAGACAUGUCUCCAUUUACGAAUAGUUCGCUUCAGUGGAUGCCGUCCGAGCCCAGUGACGCUGGCUUCUGUGGAAUCUUGUCAGAACCCAGUACUCGGGGCUUGAAGGCUGCAACCUGCAUUAACCCACUCAAUGGUAGUGUCUGUGAAAGGCCUGCGAACCACAGCGCCAAGCCGUGUCGGCCGCCAUGCGCCCUGAGGACUGCGUGCGGGGAGUGUACCAGUGGCAGUUCUGAGUGCAUGUGGUGCAGCAACAUGAAGCAGUGCGUGGACUCCAAUGCCUAUGUGGCCUCCUUCCCUUUCGGCCAGUGUAUGGAGUGGUACACCAUGAGCAGCUGUCCCCCUGAAAAUUGUUCAGGCUACUGUACCUGUAGCCAUUGUUUGGAGCAGCCAGGCUGUGGUUGGUGUACUGAUCCCAGCAAUACUGGCAAAGGGAAAUGCAUAGAGGGCUCCUAUAAAGGACCGAUGAAGAUGCCUCCACAGGCCCCUACAGGAAAUUCCUACCCGCAGCCCUAUCUCAAUUCCAGCAUGUGUCUAGAGGACAGCAGAUUCAACUGGUCUUUCAUUCAGUGUCCAGCUUGCCAGUGCAAUGGUCACAGCAAAUGUAUCAAUCAGAGCAUCUGUGAGAAGUGUGAAAACCUGACCACAGGCAACCACUGCGAGACCUGCAUAUCAGGCUUCUAUGGUGACCCCACCAACGGAGGAAAAUGUCAGCCAUGCAAGUGCAAUGGACACGCGUCACUGUGCAAUACCAACACGGGCAAAUGCUUCUGCACCACCAAGGGCGUCAAGGGGGAUGAGUGUCAGCUAUGUGAAGUAGAAAAUCGAUACCAGGGAAACCCUCUCAAAGGAACAUGUUACUACACUCUUCUCAUUGACUAUCAGUUCACCUUUAGCUUGUCCCAGGAAGAUGACCGCUAUUAUACAGCCAUCAAUUUUGUGGCUACACCUGAUGAACAAAACAGGGAUUUGGACAUGUUUAUCAAUGCCUCCAAAAACUUCAACCUCAACAUCACCUGGGCUGCCAGCUUCUCAGCUGGAACCCAGGCUGGAGAAGAAAUGCCUGUUGUUUCAAAAACCAACAUUAAGGAGUACAAAGAUAGCUUCUCUAAUGAGAAGUUUGAUUUUCGCAACCACCCAAACAUUACUUUCUUUGUUUAUGUCAGUAAUUUCACCUGGCCCAUCAAAAUUCAGAUUGCCUUCUCCCAGCACAGCAAUUUUAUGGACCUGGUACAGUUCUUCGUGACUUUCUUCAGUUCAAUCUAUUGAUGUCCUACUGUAGAAGAUGAGGACACAAAACAGUUUCAACUGAAUGAUGAAGAAAAUAUUAACUUGUGGAUACAGUUGAAGUUGUAUUUAGAGAAUUGGAGAGAGAGAGAAAGAAGAGACAGAAUGUGUUGGACAGCUGAGGGGAUAUGAGCAUGGCCUCAGCUCCUGGCAGCUUUGUAGUUCCAGUUUCUAUGAGAGCUGGCUGCUUUAGGGUUCUGCUAGAUGCCUGUGACUAUUCUCCCACAGCCAUCCAUUGACCACCUAGGUAGCAGUUUUCUGGGAUUGAAAUUCUAGGUUGUAACUUUGGGUUAAUUAUAUAAUACAGAAACAUUUUUUUAAUUGUUACAAGAAUGUAUGUAACACAGCACUUGCCAGUUCAACAUUUUUCAGCUGUACAGUUUAGCGGCAUCAAUUACAUUAGUCGUGUGCAACCAUCACCUGUAUUCAUUGCCAAAUUUCCCAUCACCGUAAACAGAAACUCACUGCUUCCUAAACAAUGGAUCCCCUUUUCCCUAUCCCUCCCGCCCCUGGUAACCACUAAUAAACUUUAGUCUGUAAACAUUUGUCUAUUCUUGUUAUUCCAUAUUUGAGUGAUAGUGUCCCACCAAGCUAGCCAUUGAGGCAAUACCAAAAUGGAGGGUGGAGUCAUGGCUGGUGGAACUGUCCCAAAACUCGCCUGCAAAGGUUCAGAUUCCAAAAAAAGAGGCAGUAAAAGCUAGGUUGAUUGGACUAAAGGCUUUUAAUGAGGGGAAACCUAUGUACAGAGGACAGCACUGAGUUCCAGAACUAGCUGAGAAGAUUUGACAGUUGCCUAUGUUACAGUAUUUGUGCGCACCAAGGGGCCUUUAUUCUAACACUAGUAUACUCAAAGAGUGGGUGAGUUCCAAAGGGGGAAAGGAAUAUGACACCUGCGCUGCAGGGGAAGCAUAGCUGGAAGGGAAAGUGAAGUCCGGGAGUGGGGAGGGAGUGAUGGUCCUAGAGAGUUUAUUUUACUAAUUGAUGGCUGGAUUUGCACUUAAAGACAGUUAAUCAGUAGCUGUAGCUGUGGAGAGUCUGGCUGAUGUUCCUGGCUAACUAUGGGACAGGGUUACUUACUGUCCAGUCACUCUUGCUCAAUCCCAGAGUCCUUAGCGGGGAGGACCCAUUUUGAAUAUGCCUCAAUCCCACAAUAAAAUCAUAUAAUAGUUGUCCUUUUGUGACUGACUUAUUUCACUCCACGUAAUGUUUUCAAGGUUUAUUCAUGUUGUAGCAUGUGUCAGGACUUCAUUCCUCUUUGUGGCUGAGUAGUAUUCCAUUGUAUGUGUGUACCAUAUAUUGUAUAUCGAUUAAUCUUUUGAUGGAUAUUUAGGUUGUUUCUACCUUUGGUUAUUGUGAAUAAUCCUGCAGUGAACAUUGGUGUACAUGUAUACAUGUAUCUGUUUGUGUCACUACUUUGAAGUCUCUUGGGGAUACACCUGGGAGUGGAAUUGCUGGGUCAUAUCAUAGAACCAUGUAUAACUUUUUGAGGAACCACAAACUCUUUUCCACAGCAGCUGUAACAUUUUGCAGCAGUGUAUAAGGAUUCCAGUAUCUCCACAUCCUUGUCAGCAUUUGUUAUUUUCUGGGUUUUGUUUGUUUGUUUGUAUGUCAUAGCCAUCCUAGUGGGAGUAAAAUGUUAUCUCAUUGUGGUUUUGAUACGAAUCUCUCUAAUGGCCCCGACCUCUCGGGAAAAAAGACUAGUGGUGCUAUUUGAUGGCUCACUUUUAAGGGGGUGCAGAGGCCAUACGCUAACUCAGUAGUACCAGUUAGCACAUGUGCUAUAUUCUUGGAACAUGUAUGGAAUGAGAGAACCCAGCUGCCACAUACCAACCCAGAGAGGACUGGCUGCUUCUGUUGAUUGGCAGGAGCCUGAAUAGCACCAUCAGAAAUGAUCAGAGAAGCAUCUUUAGGGACCAUGGGCUCUUGUGUAAUAAACAAAGAUAAAAGGUCUUUUCAUCACUUCUCCCUUUUGAAGUUUGAGCCUUUGGAAAAGAAUCUGACUUCAGUUUUUCUGGACUGUGUUUAAGAACUAGAAAUGAUGGACUUUUUAGCUGAGAAUAUAGAGUUCUUUCCAUGAGCUUGGGGAAGAAAAUAAUUGCCCAGGGGUAAGUUAACCAGAUCCAAAAAGAUUUAAAUGAAACCUAUAAGGGAGAGGGGAAAGGUGUCCAGAUAAUCCUAAGUACUCUAAAGAACAAGCAGCGCAUAUAACAUAGAAAAGAGAAUUAGGGUAGGGCGAGGGGAAGCUUAAUGAUUCAAAUGACAAAAAUCGUUGUGAGGUGAGUUGGAAACAGUACUUCCAGACUCAAGGCACAGUGAAGUAAACUGCAGCUCCUAAUCCAUGAUUACCUUUGUGUCUUAAUGAGAUGUUUCUUCAUACUCAAGUAGGAGCCUUGUGUAUAAAAAACGAAAUAAUGAGACCGACUCACUUGUUUGCCCUGAGAAUCGAAUGAAGUAAUGUAUGUGAAAGGGCUUCGUAGUCUGGGAGAUAAUAUGCUACUGUUGGUCUAAAUGAUGACUUAGUAAGAGGAGGAGAGACAGAUUAACACUCUCCAAAUCUGUGUAGCUGGGGUUAGAGAUGCCUUAGAGGGCAGGACUGGGUGAGGAUAAAAAGAAAGAAAAAUAGAGGUGAUGUUAUGAAAGUGUCACACCACCUACCCAGAAGGAAGAAAUAUGAUGAGAAUUCGUGACAUAGGCAAGAUAUACAAUGUUUUCCUAAAGUUUUUAGUUAUCUGAAUUUGCACUGAAAGUCACGCCAAGUUCACAGCAGACAUUUUGACAAAACUAUGAAUUUUUGGCCAUUUCCUUUUCCAGAAGGUAGAAGUGAUGUGGAAUCCUGCCCCUCUGAACCUAAUUCUGACCAGGAAGGCUAGUGCAGUGCAAGUCACAGGCACUUGGAAAGAGGCAGCUGUUUUUCUGCUUGCAGGCUAGCCCGGAGGUCAAGGCUAGGCCAGGACAUGUGUACUUAGUUUUAGGAAGGCUAGACUUGGCGGGGGCGGGAAAGUGGAGCCAUUCUUUAGUAGGUUCUCCCUCUGGAAGGAAAAAAGAUGGAGCCAGGUUGGGAUGCUCUCAAAAAUAUAAUUCUAGCUUUGCAAUUCCAGUUAAGCUGGUGAGAAAAAACAGAUACCCCUGAACACUGAGCCCUCAGACAUGUUUUCAAAAAACAUAUACAACAGAUGGGAAGAAGGACCUAGAAUCACAGCAUGGAUUUUUCAGAAUAGUCUCAGGAAAGUGCAGCCCUCAGACAAACAUGGACAGGUUUAGAACAAAAAGGCCAAAGGAUUCCUGUUUUUCUCCUUAGGUACAGAGCUAAGUUGUCCUAACGUUGAAUGACAUUGGUAAAAUGUCAGUAAUUGUUGAGGCUGAGUAAAGGACAUACAGGAGUUCACCAGGUUGUUCUCUAUUUUUGUGUAUGUUUGAUAAUUUCUGUGUUAUAACAUGUUUUCUUGAAUUACACCUAUAUUGAGAAGUACAGAAAAGUGAUGAGGGGCUACAGUAAGAUGAACAUUGAGUUUCAGUCCUACCUGUGCCCAAACUAUUUGUAGGAAAAGAAGGGAAGGGUAUUGGUAAGUGCCACCUUUUUUGAAAUAACUGGUAAAUUUGUCAUUGUAUUACCCUAGAAGAAUCAUGUGCAUAUUGGCUUUGAGGGAGCAAUCGCUGUGUGUUAGCGUGCUGUUGUGUCAUUUCUCGUAGCUGGAACAAGUAGAAAGAACUGGGUUGUUGGCUCUUCCAACGGGAAGAUGGAAGCCCCACGUAGGCCUGGGGAUGAGGGUGGUGGUGGAGCACACACCAUCUGAGUGUUGUUUUCCAGCUGCAUUGAGGUAGUCCCAAGAGAAGCUUCUGAGUAACAACACAGUCCUCACAUCUGCCACACCCAUGACCAGCUCCGUACUCACCUAUAUGCAGCAGUCUCUUGACUCCCCAACUUAGAAGCUGUGCACAUUGGCUUCGUAGCCUUCCAUGCUGAUUUGAGUUGACCAUAAUGAUGUGGAUAGAGCCAAGCUUUUGGGACCUUCAUUUGCUGAUGUGGCAUGACUCAAAAUGAGAAGAAACAGCUGCAAGCAUCCAUGAAUAAUCAGAACCUGGAAUGUACGAAGUAUGAAUGUAGGAAAAUGGGAAGUCAUCAAAAAUGAAAUGGAAUGCAUGAAUAUUGAUAUCCUAGAUAUUAGUGAGCUGAAAUGGGCUGGUAUCGGCCAUUUUGAAUCGGACAAUAAUAUGAUCUAGCUGUGCUGGCAAUGGCAAAUUGAAGAGGAAUGUCAUCAUUUUCAUCAUCAAAAAGAACAUUUCAAGGUAUAUCCUGAAGUACAACUCUGUCAGUGAUAGGAUAAUAUUCGUACACCUACAAGGGAGACCGGUUAAUAAGACUAUUAUUCAAAUUUACAUACCAACCUCUAAGGCCAAAGAUAAAGAAAUUGAAGAUUUUUACCAGCUUCUGCAGUCUGAAAUUGAUCAAACAUGUAAUCAAAAUGCACUGACAAUUACCGAUGAUUGGAAUGCGAAAGUUGGACACAAAGAAGAAGGAUCAGUGGUUGGAAAAUAAUGGCCUUGGUGAUAGAAAUGAUGCCGGAGAUGGCGUCAUUUUGCAAGAUCAACAACUUCCUCAUUGCUAAUACCUUUUUUCAACGACAUAAAUGGUGUCUAUACACAUGGAAGAAACCCUGGUGGUGUAGUGGUUAAGAACUACGUCUGCUAACCGAAAGGUCGGCAGUUUGAAUCCACCAGGCAUUCCUUGGAAACUCUAUGGGGCAGUUCUCCUCUGUCCUAUAGGGUCGCUAUGAAUCGGAACUGACUUGAUGGCAGUGAGUUUGUUUUUGGUAUACACGUGGACCUCACCGGAUGCAAUAUAUAGGAGUCAAAUUGACUACAUCUGUGGUGAGAGAUGAUGGAGAAGCUCGGUAUCAUCAGUUCAGCUGUGGAACAGACCAUCAGCCACUCAUGUGCAAGUUCAAGUUGAAGCUGGAGAAAAUUAAAACAAGUCCACAAAAGCCAAAGUACCACCUUGAGUAUGCCUCACCUGAAUUUAGAGACCAUCUCAAGAAUAGAUUCGAUGCAUUGAUAACACCAGUGACCAAAGACCAGUCAAGUUGUGGACAUCAAGGACAUCAUACAUAAAGAAAGCAAAAGGUCAUUAAAAAGACAGGAAAGAAAGAAAAGACCAAAAUGGAUGUCAGAAGAGAUUCUUGAACUUACUCUUGAACGUAGAGCAUCUAAAGCAAAUGGAAGAAAUGGUGAAGUAAAAGAGCUGAACAGAAGAUUUCAAAGGGUAGCUCGAGAAGACAAAUUAUUAUAAUGAGAGACCUGAAAUUAAAAAACCAAAACAUGCUUGGCAUUUCUCAAGUUGAAAGAAUUGAAAUUUAAAAAAAAAAAAAAAGCCUCAAGUUGCAAUUUUGAAGAAUUUAUGGGCAAAAUAUUGAAUGACACAGAAAGCAUCAAAAGAUGAUGGAAGAGAUACACAGAGUCACUGUACCAGAAAGAAUUGGUCAACGUUCAUCCACUUCAGAAGGUAGCAUAUGAUCAAGAACCCAGGGUGUUUUAGUAAUCUAGUGCUGCUCUAACGGAAGUACCACAAGCAGAUGGCUUUAACAAAGAGAAGUUUAUUCUCUCACAGUCUGGUAGGUUACAAGUCCAAAUUCAGGGUGUCAGCUCCAGGGGACGGCUUUCUUUGUCUGCUCUAGAGGAAGAUUCCUUGUCAUCAGUCUUCCCCUGGUCAAGGAGCAUUUCAGGCGCAGAGACCCCAGGUCCGAAGGACACCCUCUGCUCGUGGUGCUGCUUUCUUGGUAUGAGGUCCCCAACCCUCUGCUUGCUUCCCUUUUAUCUCUUGUGAGAUAAAAGGCGGUGCAGGCCACACCCCAGGGAAACUCCAUUUACAUUGGAGCAGAGAUGUGACCUUAAUAAGGGUGUUGCAAUCCCACCCUAAUCCUCUUUAACAUAAAAUUACAAUCACAAAAUGGAGUACAACCACACAAUACUGGGAAUCAUGGCCCAGCCAAAUUGAUACAUUUUGGGGAGGACAUAAUCAAGUCCGUGACACAGGGUAUUGAAGGAAGAAGUCCAUGCUGCACUGAAGGCACUGGCGAAAAACAAGGCUCCAGGAUUUGAUGGAAUACCAAUUGAGAUGUUUCAGCAAACAGAUGCAGUGACUAGAGGUGCUCACUCAUGUGUGCCAAGAAAUUUGGAAGACAGCUACCAACCAACUGGAAGAGAUCCAUAUUGGCUCAUUCCAAAGAAAAGUGAUGCAGUCGAGUGCAAAAAUUAUGGAACAGUAUCAUUAACAUCACACACAAGUAAAAUUUUGCUGAAGAUAAUUCAAAAGCGGUUACAGCAGUACAUCGAUGGGAAACUGCCAGAAAUUCAAGCCAGAUUCAGAAGAGGACAUGGAAUGAGGGAUAUCAUUGCUGAUGUCAGAUGGAUCUUGGCUGAAAGCAGAGAAUGCCAGAGAAAGCAGAGAAUGUGUUUUAUUGGCUAUGCAAAGGCAUUUGACUGUGUGGAUCAUAACAAAUUAUGAAUAACAUUGCGAAGGAUGGAAAUUCCAAAACACUUAAUUGUGCUCAUAAGGAACCUGUACAUAGACCAAGAAGCAGUCGUUCCCGACAGAGCAAGGAGAUACUGCGUGGUUUAAAAUCAGGAAAGAUGUGCAUCAGGGU